AUGCCGAGCUAUAUCUACAUCAACGGCUACCCGGGCGUCGGCAAGCUCACCAUCGCUAACGAGCUACUCAAGCUCAUACCAGGCAGCAAGGUCCUGCACAACCACCUCUUCAUCGACCCCGUCGCCGCCAUGGUAGAGCGCUCCUCCCCGGAGUACGACGACAUACGCUCCCACCUCCGCCGCGAGAUCCUGGGAUUGCUGAGGCGGCCCGCCACGAGGGACACCACCUGGAUCUUCACCGACUCGCGAUGCACGAGCGCCACGGGCAGCGCCGCGGCUGAGGACUACCGCGAGGCGGCCGCGGUCAGGGGCGUCCCGUUCGUCUCAGUCGUGGUGGACUGCGGCUUGGAGGAGAACCAGAGGAGGUUGGUCCGGGAGGGACGGGGCGAAGGGAAGAACACGAAGUUGACGGAUGUCGGGAUUUUGGAAGCUGUGCGGAGGGAGGAGAUCAUGUUUCGGUUUGGAGGGGAGGCGGAGCUGGAGCUGGAUGUGUCGGAGUUGACGCCGGUGGAGGCGGCGAGGAUGAUUCUCUCGCAUGUUAUUGCGGUAGAGGAAAAGUUUCAAAAUUGA